AUGAGUUCUUUAUUUCGUAGUGAGGAGAUGUGUCUCGUGCAGCUGUUUUUUCAAACUGAAUCGGCUCACAGUUGCAUCAAUGAACUCGGGCAUCUUGGAUUAGUUCAGUUUAAAGAUCUGAAUCCUGGUGUAACAGCAUUUCAAAGGCGAUUUGUGAAGGAAGUGAAGAAAUGUGAAGAAAUGGAGAGAAUUCUGAGGUAUCUUCAGAAGGAGAUGGUGAAAUCUAACAUUGUAAUUGUUGCAACAAAGGAGAAGGAGAUGGUUCCCUGUGCCAGAGAUGUUCUGGAGCUUGAGCCGUCCCAGAGCGACACCCCGUAA